UUUUGUAUUAGUUUGGAAAAUAAAAUGUCUGUGAUUGUUUCGACUCCAGAUGAGAUUAAUAAAAGUCCGCUCAAUACCUCACCAUCAAAGCAACUAUACUCCUUCCCUAAAACCAAACGAUUCAUCAUCCCCAACUCCAAAAAUAACCCAAACAUCGCCUACAACCUCCCCUCCACCAGAUCCAGACGCAGUGCCAGCUUCGGUUACGGUAAACGGUACAACUUCGCCAAGAACAAUGGCAGUCCUUCGCCUACUUCGUACAAUUCAACCUCACAGUUCAAGAAAAUUCCAGGUGCCAAAGCGUUUUCGUUCGGAGUCGCCAGAGGAGCCUACUCCAAAGUGUAUCUCAAAGGUCACAAGGCACCUGAAAUGGCCAGAGAUAUUCCAGGACCUGGCGCCUACAACAACGAGCUAUGGAACUCAGUCGGUAAAACCGGCAAAGCAUACACACUGAGACCCAGAACAGGCUCAAUGGGCAUCAGAGUGAGUUCUAAAGGUAUUCCAGGGCCAGGAAGCUAUGAAGCUAAGAGUUCAAUAACAUCGAGAGGGACACAGUUCUUAUCGAAGUUCAAAUCAUCAGGAGCAACAACAUUCAACCCACCAUCAUCCAAGCGAUUCAGCAACAACAAUAACAAAUAACCUUCCUGGUCCAGCUGAAUACACUACUAUCUUCCCAAUUUCAAGGACUGGAGGUCAAUUCCUCUCAAAAGUUCCUACACCAGCCGGUAGAACGUUCUAUCACUUCGAUAGAAAUACUCUGAAAAAUCCCUCUACAUCCCGUAACACUCCUGGGCCAGGCUACUACCGCCUUCCAUCAGACUUUGGCUACUACGAAAGCAAGUUCUCUAAGAAAAUCCCGAAGAUUAAAGGAAGAAGGAGGUCUGCAGGCUCUGGACAGAAAUCCAAAUUGUAGAGCAGAAAUAUUCCAUAAUUUGUGCUAUUUAUUAGUGAAGGAGCUGUCUUUUCUAGCUAAUAAGACUACUUAGAGGACCUGUCAUCUCAUGAGCCUUUAGUACUGGUGGAGAGAAUUGGUUAGCUUGUUUAGCAGAGGGUAUUACGGCUUAGGGAAAGCUUA